UUUCGAUUGUGGUCAAACGCAGUACAAUUUUCUUCUUUUCUCUCGGUAUAUUUCUUCUGAGUGCUUUAACUGGCCUUUACUGUGCUCAGCAGAAAAUUGUGAACUUAUGAAAGUGUUGUCACAGAAACACAGAAUUGUUUCCAGGUAUAUGGGCCCUCCAAAGAUGCGGGUGGGGCGGGGCGCGCGUUGGAGUUCGGGAGUACAGUGGAGUUCCGUGGAGUUUAAGGGAGCUUCGAAUUUGGAAUCCGGGCUCGUGAUUGGUCCGAUUAGCUACGCGUUCCAUGGCUGCUGUCGCACGAUUUAUCAGCUGCUAGUUUUCGCUCUCAGUGACAAUUUACGUUACGGCGUGCCCAAUUCUUGUGUAUGUUUGAGAAAUGUGUGGUUUUAUCCCAGUUUCUCAUUGCUGUACGGCGUAGAAUGAGAAAAGCGGGUCGGAGCCGAGGUGCGGAGAGCAGCGUAGUCGCAGAAAGACUGGCAGACUACAAGGGUUCCACGGGUGGCCUGAACCAUCAGGGAUUUCAGUGCGAACAAGAGGAACAAAUCGAAAUUUCGUCAAUAGUGAACGGAAUCGCCACCAUGGCUACAGGGUCAACAGCUACUGUCUCAAACGUUACGACUCAGCUUCCUUUGGACCUACAAUCUACCGAGAAGAAACUUUCAACAGCUGGCCUAGACGGCAAGCCUAAGGUGGUUACUGUCAAACAUCCCGAAUCCAAACACCCCAAACCAACUGUCAAAAAAUGUCGACCACUGCAGGCUGAUCUAGAUUGCUGUAAAGAGUUCCUGAAGAACAAAGAAGAAGGGGACACUCGUCUUGAUCUUAGUAAGUCCAACAUUACUAUGCUGCCACCCACAGUCAGAGAGUUGACUCAUCUCACAGAGUUCUAUUUGUAUGGGAACAAACUUUCAACUCUCCCAUCAGAAAUUGGAAGUUUGACAAAUUUGCGUACUCUGGCCCUUAGUGAAAACUCUCUUACAAGUCUUCCUGAAUCUUUAUCAAAUCUCAAGAUGCUCAAGGUUCUGGACCUUCGCCACAACAAACUCAACGAGAUCCCCGAUGUAGUCUAUAAGUUGCUCUCAUUGACUACGCUAUUUCUGAGGUUUAAUCGUAUCAAGGUGGUCAAUGAUGAAAUUUGCCACCUUACAAACCUCACAAUGCUCUCUUUGCGAGAAAAUAAAAUUAAAGAAUUACCAGCUGGCAUUGGUAAUCUAGUCAAUCUUGUAACAUUUGACGUAUCUCAUAAUCACCUCGAGCAUUUGCCAGAGGAAAUUGGCAAUUGUGUUCAACUCUUAACUCUGGAUUUACAACAUAAUGAAUUACUGGACAUCCCAGACAGCAUUGGACAACUUGCCCAACUGCAACGUCUCGGGCUAAGAUACAACCGCCUGAAUGCAGUUCCUCAAUCACUUAGUAAUUGCAAACACAUGGAUGAAUUCAAUGUUGAAGGCAAUGCUAUUUCUGUUCUUCCUGAAGGCCUAUUGUCUAGUCUUUCAGAGCUAACAACCAUUACUCUAUCAAGAAAUAAUUUUACUGCUUAUCCAUCUGGAGGACCAGCUCAAUUCACCAAUGUCCAGUCAAUUAACCUGGAACACAAUCAAAUUGAUAAGAUUCCUUAUGGUAUCUUUUCCCGGGCCAAAAAUCUGACUAAGUUAAUCAUGAAAGAAAAUCAGCUCACCGCACUACCCUUAGACAUGGGUACAUGGGUGAAUAUGGUAGAAUUGAACCUUGGAACAAAUCAGCUGUCAAAGUUACCAGAAGACAUACAGAAUUUACUCAACCUGGAAGUACUAAUUUUGUCAAACAACUUGUUGAGGCGGCUUCCUCCCAGCAUUGGAAAUCUACGCAAACUUCGUGUUCUUGACCUGGAAGAGAAUAAAAUUGAAACAUUACCGAAUGAAAUUGGUUACUUGCGGGAACUCCAAAAGCUUGUUGUGCAGUCUAAUCAAGUCACUGUUCUGCCGAGAGCUAUUGGCCAUUUAAAUAACUUAACAUAUCUCAGUGUAGGUGAAAAUAAUUUAAUUCAGUUGCCAGAAGAAAUAGGAAGCUUGGAACAAUUGGAGCAGCUUUAUAUUAAUGACAAUCCUAAUUUGCAUAAUCUUCCAUUUGAGCUAGCUUUGUGUUCAAGUCUUCAGAUUAUGAGCAUUGAAAACUGUCCCCUCUCUCAGAUUCCAGCAGAUAUUGUUAGUAAGGGACCUUCCCUUGUGAUUCAAUAUCUCAAGUUACAAGGGCCAUAUCGUGCUAUGUGAAGUUGCAUUAAACUACCUGCUCAAUAUUUAUUGUUUUAUGAACAUUUGGUCUGCAUGAUAGAUUCACAAAACUCAAAGAAUCUGCUGUUGAACCAAGAGGAGAGGUUAAAGUAUGUUUUUUCUGCAUAAAGCUGAGCAUGAUAGCCCAUAAUUUAUUUCACAUUAAUUUCUAAUGAAUGUUUAAACAAGGUAAUCUUACUUUCCCUAUUCAUGAAUGAAAUGCCGAUAAAAUUUAACAAAAACAUAUUUGUAUAUAGUUAAUCACAUUUUGUCUUGGGGUAGUCACAUUUCUACAAUGCUCAGGUCAGUGGCCAUUCUAAUCUUAUUUAUUGUACAGGUGAAGAGUUGGUAUAAUGAGGGAUUUCACAUCAAUAUGUUUAGAAUGGCCUUUCAGAAUUAAAGUGUACUUUAGCAUACAUGUUUGCUCAUUUGACUUCAGACUGAGCCUCUUGCACUUUGCAGCCUGAGUGUGUAUUGUUCAAUGAUCAUGUCUAAGCAACUCUAGUUUCACCAGACCCCAUUUUCGUAUUGCUAAAGCAUUGUCGUAUUGUUGAAUUUUAUUGUGUUGACAUGUCUUACUCUUACCGCUGUAUAGUUUCCUGAAACGGGCCAUACAGGCACAAAGUAUAAGACCCCUGUUACAUUAAUGUGGCUAAAACUCUUGUUGUCCUUUCUGUGAAUAACAUGUUCUUAAAAUUUGUUCAGACGUGAGGCACAUUGAUCAUGUGCAUUUCUUUCUUGCUCAGAAUUUAAGAUUUCUUAUCAACAUUUUUAAUUUUUUGAUGCUGUGUUGGAAGUACGGGAUGGGCAGUGGUAGUUAAAAUAGAUGCCCAAAGAAUGCAGUGUGAUUUCCCUUUGUUUCAGAGAAUUUGUUUUGCACAUUAGCUGAAAAAAGUUGAUGAUUUCAACCGGUCUUGUUUUCUUUCGGGUGUGAGGAAAUUGGAACAAGUAAACCACUCCUGCAAAUAUUAUUUGUUUGACUUAAAAAGUUACUGAAUGAACGCACUGCUAUUUCUAUGCUUCUCCAGGGAACUGCAGCUGUCAUUCCCAGACAUGCUUUUUUAAAAUAUGCGACAUGGUUAAAAUGACAUUUUAAUCCUUUUAGAUGUAUUUUAUGUUAAUCUGGUCAAUACAGCUUAAAGCUUAUUUAUUCCUAACUAGUUCUAUAAAUAAUGGCUUUCAGUGUAAUUAUAAUGUGUGUUAAUUAUCUUAGCAUCAACUAUGCUGUAGCCAAAGUACAAGGCCUACUAAACUGACAUGCCAAAAAAUAUUAACCAUCUUUCUUAAAGCAUAGAUGUUAGUAGAGAAUUUAAAAAUUAAUUUUGCCUUGUCUGACUUUGUAGUUUGAAUGUGCCAAACUCAGUAUAUAUCUCUGGAUCUUAUGAAACUGUAACGGCCUCAAUAACCCCCUCCAGAAUUUUCCCAAAAUAGAACAAAGUCAUCUAUAAUUUUUACUUCUGCAUGUGUGCCUCUCUAUGAUAGUUUUAGAUCAUUGCUUCUCUUAUCUCGCCCUUUUCUUAUAAAUUUACUAGGCUUUCUGUGCCUUUAGUUAAUAGUGUGUUGAUUGUCCAUAUAGUCUUUGCAUACAUUAAAAUAUAGUAUUAUUUAAUUGUUCCUCUGUAAGAUGUCUAUGACGUUCGGAGAACACAGUCCAAACUGUAAAUAUUUAUAUGAUUGGAUAAGUGGAUCAAUUUCCAACACCUCUCUAACAAGUAUGUUAUAGGUAUGUUUGUCAUCUCUCAAUCCACAUCCUGGAAGCUUUUCAGUAUGGAAAAGAUUUUACAGUAACAUUAAUGAGCUUUUCUCUAUAUGCCUUGAAUACAAUCUAGAUGCCCACAGUGUGAAUGUUCUUUUCAUUUGUUUGUAUCUAGGAAAGCUGCUUAUAGAUAACAUUAUUUUCUGUGUGUUCCAGCUCCCCUAGGAUAACUUUUGUAGAGUUUUCACAUUGCACUAUAAUCUAGUGUUUUACAAAUUGUGUAUUAUCUAUCUGUUAUGAUUUGUAUGGUAAAUCUCUGAAAGUGAUUGCAGUGCAUUUAAUUAAAGGCUAACUGUUCAACUAAACCCUCUAAAGUAUUUAUUGAGUGUAUGUUACUGACUUGGGUAUUCUUAUACUCUCUCAAUAACCUGUAGUCUAUUUCAACUCUCAUUGUAGUUAGCUGAUGAACAAACAUCUCUGAACGUAGUGUGGAGUCUAUUUGUUCUUUGAUGUGUUGUAAGUUACCAUGGCAUACCACGGCAUAAAAUUAUAUAUUUUGAGAGUCUUUUGUUGUGUUGAUUUGGACUCUAUGCAUAAGCCAUCAGAGAAAAAAAAUUCACAAAGUCUCUCUCUCUCUCUUAUCUUCUCACAUUAUUUGGUGUCAGUGCCAAUUUGGCUUGCUUUUUUACUGUCUUUUAAUUUUUUAUGGUUUUCUCUUUCUCCUUGCUCUUAUUUUUCCACUAAACUAUAUAAACCACUAUUAUUUGUAAUGCCUCUUGGUAUCUCCCAAUGAAGCUCUGUGAUGUGUAUUUUAAUUCUUUGCCUAAAGUAGUUAUACUUCUAAUUUUUCCACAUUUUGAAACUUGAACUGAUGUACUUGUGUGAUUAUUGUGUGAAUGAAUUUUGAAGACAGGGUGAAUGAUAUGUGUUAGGAAUUUUACUAUGAGAAUGAGCAUGUGUAUUGCUCGUGGCUGUUAAGACAUGUAGGAGGGUUGAAUGGCCUUAAAGUAUAAGUUUUGACGCUUAUACUUACUACUUUUUUGUAUUACAAUGCAAGAAUCAUCUAAGAGACGAAAUUUGUGAUUUGAUGUAUAGUGUAGUCAUAUGUGUAACUACUAACUUGCUAGAUAGGUUGAGGCUGCAGCUUGAGCAAGCUACUGUUGUGCCAUCUGACCUAGUAUGCUUAUUAAUGUUUUUAAUCUGCAGUUUUGUUAUCAGAGGAUAAGAAAGUAGAAAGCUUAAGUUGUAAGUGUUAGAGAAGUAUCAUAGACUGAAAGAAGAAUUGUAAUCUUGUUGAUUUGUUGUACCAUAAUUGUAUUUUGCAAUAUGGAUCAAAUGUUGAAAGCUCCACAUUAUAUGCCAUGUUGAAUUGAGACUUUACAAUGCUUUCAGAGAGAGUCAGUAACAGGAAUUCUUGGUCUCAUGAGUUUUGGGUGAUAAAAGUUGAAUUUCAUUCUUUUUAGAAUUAUGCAGCAACUGUUCCUGGGUAUUGUUUUACUAAAUAUGACUGGUGUCUGUUAAGUGUAUUGUGAUUGUUCUGGGUAUAAUGUUGUAUCCUGUUAUUGUUUACAGUCAAGUCUAACAAAAUUUGGCAUCUGUGAGUUUUUAUAUCAGUUGUUUUGAUUGGUCUGUCAUUUUUAAGUGAUCUCUGCCUUUCCUUUGUGAGAGCUUUCUUCAUUCUCUAGCAUUGUAUUGAGUGUUUGUCCAUUUUAAUGUUUUAUCAGUAUAUAUUGCUCCCUCUGUGUCUUGUGAACAAAGAAAAAACAGAACAAAGAACAGUACAUCGCUCUGGACUAUACUUAAAUGCUCAUGUAAAGGCCUAUUUUAUUUUCUGCAAAUGAAUAGCACGCUGGAUGUGCUUGCAUUGUUAUUGGCUUCAAAAUCAGCCUCAUGACUUGAUAGAUUAAGAAAAAAAUAUUUUUAAAGCUUUAAAUGGUGAUAUUUUGUGAAGUUUUUCUGUUGAAAGACAUCUGUGAGGACGCUAUACUCCUUGCAGAUAGUGGAUGUAUGAAUUUGAAACUGAUUUCAUUUGUUUAAAUUGUUUGUUUCAAAAUAGGAAAGAUUAUAUCUUUUUAUUGACAUUUAAUGGAAGUAUCCAAUUGAUUACGUAUGGUGUAUUACAGAUAUAUAUAUUCAGUAUAUAUGUGUGCAUGUCAGUACAUCAAUGGUUGAAGGGAUUUUGCUUGUUGGUGUGUUGCUAUAUAUUGCUGUUUCUUUUUAAAUUUUGUUGCUAAUAUUUUCUGUGGGUGAUCCUUCAAAAGCAUCUUCUUUCCUCUAUACCAUGUUUUGAUUGCAGUCUGUAUGUGGUUCUGUGUUAUUGUUGAAAUUGAUUUGUUUUAACUCUUUGGAAGUAUGACUGUUGUUGUGAGGUGAAUUUGUAGCUUGUAUGCUGGAUUUAGUGGGCUCUGAUUAGCUUGCCAAGCUUGUAUAGCCAAUCAGUCUUCAAAAUCUUUGAAGCCCGUGCCUCAGCUGAGGUGAGGACAGAAUUACGGGCCUCGCCUCACGAGACUAAAUCCAGCAUAAGCCUCUAAAAAUUCCUUCUGCAUUUGUGAUGAUCUAUACUCAUUUAGUUAUGACACCUCAUUCAAGUGAUAUUUGUUAUCUGCACUUUCAGCCCCAUUAAGGGGCUUGUACCCCCAUUGAAAUACUAUGAUCUCAUCAAACUUCAAGAUUUUUUUUCUCUUUCUUGUUAACACAACACACAUGAGACAUUUGAAAACAAUUUUGAUAAUUUACAUUUCUAGAACCUUGUCUGUUUGCUUUGUUGUGUUCUUUUAAAAUUGCAAACUUACAUUUUGAUUGAAUUUUUGCUUCACAUUUCACACAUCAACACAACAUACUGAGUAGUGUUUUAGAUCAAUGUGAAGGUAAUUGGUGCAAUAGCCUGUCCAUUAAAUGUUCAUGUUUUAGAUGUAGCAAGUUAUGUAUCUAUACUUGGGGAAAAGGUCAAGCUCAAUGCCCGCUUGUUGUUUGUACCUGAGGAGCUGUUGUACCUAACAUCUAACCUUGCAUCAAUGUAACUUGGUUUACCACUUCCAUUACAUGGCAAGUUGGGAUGCACAACCAAAAGCUUUAAUUUGUGUGUAACUCAAUUCUCAAUAUUGUAUUAUUUGUUAGUCUAGUUUGAAUUAUUACCAGUAUUAUUAAACUGAAUUUUCUUAGCUGAUGCACGUAUCUAUGUGCUGUAGCCUUGAAAUAUCAAUGUCCAGAUAUCACUGGUUCAAUAGAAGUCUAUUUCACAAUUGUCUGUUUUUAUCAAAAACUGAGCUGAUGUACAUUAUGACAAUAAAAACUGUGAUGGGAAAGAA